AUGAAGCAAGGCGCCGUGUGGAGUCUCGUCAAUCAGAGCCUGUCGCAUUUCGCCCCAAGCGUGCUUAACUAUGCCGACGAGAUACUGCGGGAGGUCCACGAGGACCAACAGAACGGCUGGCCAGACAAUGAGACUGAUGAAAGUGACGAAAAUGAAGAAGACGGUGUGGAUGAGAAUGAGGGCGAGAGUGAAGAGAGUGAGGCGGAAGACUCUGAAAGUGACAGUGAAUAUGUUUACCUCAGCAUUGAGUUUAUUCAUUUCUUCCACGAGCCUUACUGUCGAGUCGGUAUCCGGGCUACCCAUUCGGAUGAGACUGACAAUGGCGAGUCUUUGUUGGAUGACUUGAUGGAGUCGAAGCUUACAGACCGGAGUGCUUUGGAGUGGCUGCAGGUCCAAUGCGGCAAGGCUGGAGACAUUGCCUAA